CCCCUCGCUCCGUGCCCGCACCCCCGCGCCGGACUUUCCUUUCACUCCUCCAUCUCUCCUCCGCACUUUUCUCCCCCCCUUUCCUCGCCCCUCCCUCCCUCCCUCCCUCCCUGCCCCUGCCCCUGCCCCGCCUCGUUCCCCCGGCGCCUCUCGCUGUGGCCGGGGGAGCCCGGGCAAGGGGGGACUGGACGGGGCUAUGAGCCGCGCGGCGGCUGCGGGGAGCCGAGCAGCUGCCGCGGGCACCACGUAGGGCGCCUUCCCCGGGCGCGGCCGGGCCGCGGCCGUCCCGCUGCUCUCGGCGGCUGCCCGGGCGAGGCGGGGACCCCCUGGAGCCGGGGAGUCUCUCCCCUGCCCGCGGGGGCCGCCGGCGCUCGGCGCGCGGGGCAGCGGUGUCCGUUGGGCGGGGGGUCGCGGGGGCCGCCCCGCCGCGGGCGCCCCGGGGGCGGGCGGCGAGCGGAGGGGCGCCCGCGCGCGUGACAUGAUCGACUCGCAGGCGGCCGAGAAGAUCGGCAGGAUGAAAAAGUUGCGGCGAACUUUGUCGGAGAGCUUCAGCCGAAUCGCCUUGAAGAAAGAAGAUACCAGCUUUGAUGAGAUAUGUGUCACAAAGAUGUCUACACGGAACUGCCAGGGAAUGGAUUCAGUGAUCAAACCUCUGGAUACAAUUCCUGAGGAUAAAAAAGUCAGGGUUCAGAGGACGCAGAGUAGUUUUGAUCCAUUUGAGAAACCAACUAAUCAAGUGAAGAGGGUUCAUUCAGAGAACAAUGCUUGCAUUAACUUCAAAACUUCAUCUGCAGGGAAAGAAUCACCUAAAGUUAGACGGCAUUCCAGCCCUAGCUCUCCUACAAGCCCCAAGUUUGGAAAAGCAGACUCAUACGAAAAACUGGAAAAACUAGGGGAAGGGUCCUAUGCUACAGUAUACAAAGGGAAAAGCAAGGUAAAUGGGAAGCUUGUGGCACUGAAAGUCAUUAGAUUACAGGAAGAGGAAGGAACCCCAUUUACAGCUAUCAGGGAAGCUUCUCUUUUGAAAGGAUUGAAACAUGCUAACAUUGUGCUGCUUCAUGACAUCAUUCACACCAAGGAGACCUUGACACUUGUAUUUGAAUAUGUGCACACUGAUUUAUGUCAGUACAUGGACAAACACCCUGGAGGGCUUCAUCCAGAAAAUGUGAAGUUAUUUUUAUUUCAGUUGCUGCGAGGACUGUCUUACAUCCACCAGCGUUACAUUUUGCACAGGGACCUGAAACCACAGAAUCUUCUGAUCAGUGACACGGGGGAGUUAAAGCUGGCAGACUUUGGUCUUGCAAGAGCUAAAUCAGUUCCCAGCCACACAUAUUCCAAUGAAGUGGUUACCCUAUGGUACAGGCCUCCAGAUGUCCUUUUGGGAUCAACAGAAUAUUCCACCUGCCUUGACAUGUGGGGAGUGGGUUGUAUCUUUGUAGAAAUGAUUCAAGGGGUUGCUGCUUUUCCAGGAAUGAAAGACAUUCAAGAUCAACUUGAAAGAAUAUUUCUGGUACUUGGAACACCAAAUGAAGAUACCUGGCCUGGCAUCCACUCUUUACCCCAUUUCAAACCAGAACGGUUUACACAGUACAGCCCUAAAAACCUUAGACAAGCAUGGAAUAAGCUGAGCUAUGUGAAUCAUGCAGAAGAUCUAGCCUCCAAACUACUCCAAUGUUUCCCAAAGAGCAGAUUGUCGGCACAGGCAGCCCUGAGCCAUGAGUAUUUCAGUGAUCUGCCCCCACGGCUAUGGGAGUUAACUGAUAUGUCUUCUAUUUUUACUGUACCGAAUGUAAGAUUACAGCCAGAGGCUGGAGAAAGCAUGAGAGUCUUUGGAAAAAACAAUAGUUAUGGCAAAGGUGUAUCAAACAGCAAACACUGAAGAAUACCUACGCUCACAAGAGAUGAUGCAGGAUUAAAUUUACCAGUUUGGAGGAGGGAAACAAAAACCUGACGAGGAGGCUGACACCAGGAAGGAACCGUGGCCUGUUUCCUUUCUUUCUCUAUGGUGGAUUUCAUUCAGAAGAAAAUUGAAGCUGGCAAGACCCUGUUUUUUUCCCUGCAGUUUAUUUAAAACCUUGCACGCAUUUGGAUACCUUGUGAUUUCAGAGAACUAUGUGAAGAUUAAGCUUUUGCUUACUGAUACAUGGCAUGUACUCUUUCAGUCUUUUGUGUUUGAUUUUGUUUGAUUUUCCACUGCCGCGCUACAUCUUUGUAAAGAUUUUUAUGCUUUCACCAGCAAUGUCUUAAAUACAUUAAGACAACGUAUUUGGUGUUCACACUUCUUUGGUAAUGAGUGUACAAAAAAGACAGUAGUGGCAUAAAGGAAUGUGUGUUUUCUUUGAGAGUUGUGCAUAUUUUGCAACCAAUAGGAAGACUAUUUUUGCCAGAGCAAGCCCAACGUUUCUGAUCAGCUGACAAUUAUAGCACCUUGCCACUAUUCCUAAAGUGUUGUUGGGUUGUUUUGUUUUUCAUUAUCUCUUUAGGUCACUCAUAUCCAUUCUAAAAACAUGGCAAUAAUUGCAUGUUUACUUCAAUACUCUGAAUUUGGUUACUCUGCUUAGGCUCUGUAGCAUGCCAGUUUUCAAAAUAGGCCUGUGAGAAAGACAAAGCAAAAAUGACGAGAUGUACUCAGCUAGCAGAUAUAUGAUGAAUUCUUUAUGCUUUUGUUUUCUUUAAGAUUAUUUCUUUGGUUUAUGGGUCUUGGCUACAUCUCUCAUUUUCCCUCACGCUGUUUACCUUUUGGAAUGCUUUCUUAUAAAGAAAACAAAGAGAUGGUGCGACGGUUCUGUUUAAUUCAAGGCAGACGCUAAGGUGCAGAAAAACUUUCAUCAAAUGAGCCAUUAAAUCUAGCUGUGUUACUUUGCCUCUUUCAAAACAAAAUGGAGAAUUUUGCUUAUCCAAACUCGUUUGCUGUUCCACACCAAAGCACCUUUCAAGUUAUUUUCCAUAGCUAUUCUGAUCCAAUUGGAAGACACUGCUAGGUACUGUGUCUUCAAAUAGCUUUUCUGAAUGAAUGAUUCAAAUGCAAGCUUUGCAAGCAACAAAGUCGUGUGAUUUUUAAAACAGAAAGCCCCUGGUACAUUUGGGUUGGGGAGGACAUUGUGUUCAGGGGUGUAAUAAAACUGUCCUGAUCACAUACAAAGCUUUGCAUUCAGAGAGAAUGGGGUAUGGUGCAAAAAAACACUCUUGAGUUAUAGUCCUGCUUGGACAGAAACGCUUGCUAGGCAAUAUUAUUCUACGCAUAAAUUUGACAUCCUUUGCUUGCUGGAUGCAUUGAAUUACAUUUUUAAGAAGUGUGGUAACACUUUGGUUAGCAUUCAGUGUUUAAAAGGAGGGGGAAAGGAUUUGCACUACUGCCAUCUUAUUAAACCCCAGUAGUGUUUAAUAAGAAAAGAACACCCAAUACGGCAAAUCCUCGAAUGCUCAAGUAGCUACGAAAGGCCUCUUAAAGAACUAGGAUAUGAGUCUACACUUUCAAAGAGUUGAACCGUGGAAAUAUUCCCAAUAUUUGCACAGCCAUUAAAACACAAUUUUCCCCAAUGACAUCUCUGUUUCAGGAUCUGGUAAAAGCCAUCUGAAAGCCACUUUCAGUCACAAUCCUAUUUAGAACCUACUACAAUUUUUCCCCUGUGUUUAUGAGGGGAAAAAACUGACCACUGAACUUUUGAAUUUAUCACACACUAAAACUGCCUUAGACGUGGUUUGUUUAGGUUUCAUGUUUCUUUUUUUUGUAAGAGAAAAGUCUUUUAUACAUUAUCUUUGCUACUUAAAUCGUGUGCAGUUUGAUGAUUAAAAUUAGCUAUUUUUAGAAAAAACUUGCUGCAAAAAUCUGAAGAAUUUUUGAAAAUGUAACAGAGAUUUCAAUUAGGAAUAUAACGGUAGUUUCAUAGACACAUCUACUUCGGCAGCUUGAAUUGGGAGGCAAGCAAUUGUGCUGCUCAACAAAACAUCUGAAGGUUUAAUACAGAGAGUAAUUCCUCAACUGUUCCCACAAGCCUAGCACAUUGCUAUCCAUAGUGAAUCAUGUACAGUGUUUGCUUAAGGUAUGUAUCUGUGUGUGUUUGUGUGUGUACACACACAUGCACGUGAGAUUAUUUUCUCUGCCCCAUUCCUGCUUUUAAGGCACCACUGAAAUAAUUAAAGUUGGUCCCAAAAAUCUUCAAACUCAGUUGCCUGAAGGAAGGUGCAUAAAUAUCUAGAUUCCUAAAUAGUAACUUGAUUUUCAAAGGUAGCGGGGUUACCUCAGCAACUGAUUAGUUAAGGAGUGACCAAGAUCUCUGAAAAAGAGGCAAUAACUUACGCACCUCCUUGGUGGCUGCCAAGGCUGCCCGUGGGACCAGGGAACGCUCUUCCUCCGCGGGGGUUCUCCACGCGGAGGGGUCCCAGCCUUGGUGAGCUGGUAGUGGUUGCAAAAUACUCUACAUCAUCAAAUCUACUGGGAAGCCUCAUUUUUUGAGAAAGCAGAAGCUCCUUCAUCCAGGCAGCUGACUCUACAGCCUUAUUUCCCUCCUUCCAGAAGAGCCCUUGCCUGCCUCAUUAACCUGAUGUGACACCCGUCAGUUAGGCCCCCGAUGGCUAGCCCACUUCUCCAGCAUCUUGGAGAAGCAGUGUUUUUCUCCACAGCUAUUCUCGGUGCUGCUGAAUGGACUUUUUCCCUGCCAACGCUCCUCCGACAGCUCCAUCAAAGAUCAGUAGUGCUCCCCUCUUUUCCUGUCAUCCUUACUAAAUCAGUUCUACACAGGAUCUUCAAAGGGACAAGAAGACCCUGGCCUGGCCUUCCAGACAUGCUGUGGGUGCUGGGAAUGCAGCGUCUCAUACCUUCUUUCAUUAGAUCAAUGGUCAAAAGUUGGCUUAAAUGACCAGCAGUCUCUGGGGCACAGUCCUUGAGAAACUGUGGGGCUCGCUCAGCGCUGAUAGCUGGCAGCAGUGCAACUUUCAUUUUCUUGCCACUUGGCUGGGCCCCAGCAGCUCCUUCCUAAUAAUGCGGAGAGUAUGUGGCUUUGCUGCGAGAGAGGAGAGCAGCCACAGGGCAGCAGGUGCAGGAGGCAGAUAGAAGUGGGAGGGCAUGUUCCAGCUCCGUAGGAUUUCUAAUGUUAAGUGACUGGGGAAGGGAAGAUGGUGACAGAGAUGGUGGUGUGUGAGAUAUGGGGAUUCCUCACAAGUUCAAGUUCACAGAACCUGAUUUUACAAGUCAGACAGCUGGAGAUGGCUUAGUCCCUGCUCCUGCUGGGUUCAGAUCAGCUCUCAUCCCGCCCAGCGGGCACCGCACUCAUCAGGACGCUCUGACAGCAUCAACAUCACGUUACUGCAUAGUAUCCCCCAUUGGUUGGGUCCUUUUAAUUGUUACUAUUGGUUUUAAACAAAGCCAUCUUUUGGGAUAAUAAAUCAGUCCAUGCAACACUGAAAAUUGAAUCUGCAGUAGACAGAGGCACUGGGAUUUUCAUUUUCUCUUUGGUGAACAGGGGUCUUGGACUUCAGACUCCUGUGGAAGGAAACUACAAUAAAUUCCCUAUGGGCCAGUGGGUGACAUAUACCCCUGUAUGCUCUGUGUAAGGGCACGCAACUGAAUGCGUAGUCAAUGCUCUGGUAUGCUCAUAUACAAAAUACACAUCUGUGAAUAUUAUUAGUUUUGUAAUCUUUAUUAUAUAACAAGUUUAGACUGUACAGACUGGGAAGCAAAAUGCCGACACCCCAUAUGAAUAGAAUUAUGUUGCAUUACUGAGCAUAACAAUACUCUCCCCUACCAGCAUUUAGGUGAACUGACUGUAUGUUACUGCCUUGCAUUUUUCACAUAAGCAAAAAAAAAAACAAAAAACUCAAAGUAAAGGAUGCACUAAUAAUUCCUGUUCCCCCAAAAUACAUUUCAAUGGUGCUGCAUACAAAAUCCCCGCUUGCCAGCUUCCAAGUGGAUUUUUGUAUGGUGCACUAAGAGGUGUUCUUUUUUUAACAAAUAAAGAGGGGAGGGCUGGUACAUGAAAACAAUGUUAAUGUAAUUAAAUAUAUAUAAAUAUAUAUAUACUUCAGAAGAACAGCAUAUUAAGCAGUACAGUAAAAUAAAUGUUGCAUUAUUUGUUACACCUUGUAAUUUGUCUGUAUUAUGAAAGAUGUAAUGGUUUGUCAGCUGUAACUGUUGUUUUCUUGUAAGAUCAUGUUGAAUAAAGUGUAGCAGAAUCUCUCUU